AACUUACUAAUAAUAAAAUAUAAAACUCAUUUAUUAACUAACCAAAAGAAUCUAUAAUUUUAUAUUUGAUUUUUUUACAGGUAAACAAUGUUUUUAGCUUAAAAGUAGUGAGAUGUACCUACCUAUGUAUGUUUUAUUAUUUACUACUCAGUUUUUUACAUUUGGCUUGGUUAGUAUCUAUUACUAAGGGCCUAUGUUAUUAUUAAAGGCACAUGAAAUAGAGAAUUUAUGCAACGUCGAAUCCUUAAUAAAUCAGUAUACACUGCGAAACUUUUCAUAUGCUGAGAGCUUUUUUAAUAAAUUCUAUAAGAUUCUUAUCUAUUACAGCUGGUCACACUAAUUGUUUUGUUUUCUCGGACUGGGACAGCAGCGUAGCGACUGGUGUUGGCGUGCUGGUGGUAUGGUAAAAUUUUCCUACAAUGUCUUUUUAAAGGCGUUCUAGUUUAGUUUGUGUAUAUUUGUUCCUCAGUUCUCUUCAGUAGUGCGAAAGUCUUUUUGUGGGCAGGGUGAAAUAUUUAUUUUAGUGACAGUGCAUCAUCAUACAUUGAAAUAUUUAAACGUGAUUAAAAACAUAAAAGUUGUAUAUUUAUAAUGGGUAAACAUUAUUAUAAAUGUUUAGCAUGCGGUCGGGAGGAAAGUUGGCGUUCAGGUGUCAAGUUUUUUCGUCUACCGGAAAAUACUGAAAGACUAAAUUGGUUAAAUACUAUUCACCAACCAUAUUUAAUACACAAACCGAUCUCAUCAGAUUACAGGGUUUGCGAAAUCCAUUUCUCAGAUGACAUGUACGCGAUAUCUAAGAAGCGGUUAAAACAAACGGCUAAGCCUAUUUUAAAUAUAACAAUAGAUUUGAAAAGCGUGGAAAAAGUCAAGAAAAGCUUAGUAGUUCAGAAAAUGCGUGAUAGUUUGGAAGAUAAAGAUAAAUCUGAAGAUAAUCAAUUGACAUCCAUGAACAAGGAAAAAGCAGAGUUGGAUAAACACUGUCACAAGCUUGAGCCAAUGAAACUCAUCGUUAUGGAAAAACAACCACCUAAACUACCAGUAGAACGUUAUAAACUUAAAACCGUUCAGAAAAAAAUGCCUAAAACUCUUAAGACACAAAAACAUAAAAUGUCGAAAAGUAAUAUAACCAUUAUCGAACCAUCAUCGACAAUAUCCAAUAUUAGUUUAGAAAACCAAAUGCGCAUAGUAAAUGAUCAUAAGAAAAUUGAAUGCCUUGAAGCAGUUGUAAGUUACACAAGUCAGAUGCAAAAUAUUGUUACGGAAAAAGGAGAUCUAGAUUCUGCCAUGCAGGCGAAUUCACAUUUGGUAAGUCUGUUGGAUAAAGUUGUUUACGAAUGGUUUGAACGGGCACAAAAAUGCAGAGAAAUUGGUGUAGUAACCGAUCAACUAAUUAUUAAAAAUGCCCAAGAAGCAAAACAGAUAUUUUGUAUUCAAACAUUUACUCCAGAUUUUGAAUGGUUGGAAGAAUUCAAAUUAAAAUACAACAUAACAGAUUUGGACAUGAGACUGUUGAAAAUUGAUAAUAGUAUGCCUCCACCUAAUUUGGAUAUUAAUGAAAUAGUUUUGGAUGUUUUGAAAAAUAAUCCAAUAACAGAAUAUUUUUCAUUUAGUACAACUCCUACUAUUAUUGAGACUGAGAAUAAUAUGAUGGAUAAUAUUGGAACGAUUUUUGAAAUGGAGGAACCAAACAAAAUUACUACUGAAAUGAAGGGAGUCACAUCGAUUUCGAAUGAUGAACAAGCCAAACUGCAUCUUAAACCAUUAGAGGAAUACGCGUUGUUAAGGGACAAUAUUAGAGCUGUUGAGCUCAUUUCUCAAUUAAUGGAAAUAUUUUCCACGGAAAUAAAAAAAGAAAAAACAUAAAUUUAUAUUUUUUAGAUUAACUUUAGUUUAUUACAAAAAUAUUUUAGGAAUCUAUACGAGAAAAUAAAAAAAAAAAGAUAAAAACAAAACUUUAUGUUACUGAAUUAUGAAAAAAUCGGAAAACAUAAAUCCCAUUAUUAGACCUAAGGAGUAAAUUCCAGUAUGCAAAAAAAAAACUUCUUCCAAUAUUUAGGGCUUUAGGGGAGAACACCAAUUCAUAAAUUGUCCAAAUUUUGGAUACUAGUCCAAAGCAAAAUUUUACUUAUUUUGGUCCUUAUUAUUUUUCUCCUGAUUAAAAAAGUUGCAGAAUAAAUUAAUUUAGAGAGCUAUUUGAACCUAUAGACCAGUGCCAAUAAUUAAAAAAAAAUUAUUAGCAACAUAAGGGAAAAAUAAAUUGCUCACAAACAUGCCAAAACAUCAAAAAAACAGUGCUUUUCGAGGUUCAAAAUUC